CCUCCCCUGUUAUUCCUUCUCCACACCUCCCUAAACUCUUCUGCUCACUAUACACUCUUUUUCUGCUCUGUUUUUUUGGGUCAAUAUGGCUCCCAGUUUGAGCAAAGUUAGCUCCGACAUUACCACCGUCGUUGACGGUGAACAUGGUCAGUCUCCAAUCACUAUAGACGGAUCGAAUUUUGUGGCUAAUGGCCAUGUCUUUCUCUCCGAUGUCCCUGAUAAUGUUACUCUGACUCCAUCGGCUUACCCUUGUUUCUCUACCGGUAAAUCUGUGUCUGCUGUUGGGGCUUUUGUGGGGUUCGAUGCACUUGAGUCUAGUAGCCGUCAUGUAGUGCCGAUUGGGAAGCUUAAGAACAUACGGUUCAUGAGCAUUUUCCGGUUCAAGGUCUGGUGGACAACUCACUGGGUCGGAUCCAACGGCGGAGACUUGGAGCACGAGACCCAGAUGGUCAUUCUGGAGAAAUCCGACGCUGGCCGACCUUAUAUUCUACUGCUUCCUCUCCUUGAAGGUCCUUUCCGUGCCUCUCUGCAGCCGGGUCGUGAUGACAAUGUUGAUAUCUGUGUGGAAAGUGGCUCCACCAAGGUCACCGCCUCCAGUUUCCGGAGUGUUCUGUACGUUCACGUCGGAGACGAUCCUUUCACUCUGCUGAAGGACGCCAUGAAGGUGAUUCGCACCCAUCUCGGCACAUUCCGGCUUCUGGAUGAAAAAACCCCACCCGGAAUUGUUGACAAAUUCGGAUGGUGCACCUGGGAUGCAUUUUAUCUUACGGUGCACCCUCAGGGAGUCAUGGAGGGCGUCAAGGACCUCGUUGAAGGCGGCUGCCCACCUGGGCUGGUGUUAAUCGACGAUGGGUGGCAGUCAAUUGGCCAUGAUGAGGAUCCCAUCACCAAAGAAGGUAUGAACUGCACCGUCGCCGGGGAGCAGAUGCCCUGCCGUCUUCUCAAAUUCCAAGAGAACUACAAAUUCAGGGAGUAUCUCAGCCCAAGUUCCUCAAAUAAGGGCAUGGGUGCCUUUAUCAAGGACCUCAAGGACCAAUACAACACCGUCGACUACGUCUACGUCUGGCAUGCCCUAUGUGGGUACUGGGGCGGCCUGAGACCCAACGUUCCCCGGUUACCCAAAAACAAGAUCAUAAAACCCGAACUCUCGCCGGGACUCCAGAUGACUAUGGAGGAUCUCGCCGUCGACAAGAUCGUCAGCACUGGCAUUGGCCUUGUCCCGCCUGAAUCCGUCGACCAGAUGUACGAAGGGCUCCACUCCCACUUGGAGAACGUUGGCAUUGAUGGAGUCAAAGUGGACGUUAUCCACUUAUUAGAAAUGUUGUCUGAGAAUUAUGGAGGGAGGGUAGACUUGGCGAAAGCUUAUUUCAAGGCUUUAACUGCUUCCGUUAGGAAACACUUCAACGGCAAUGGCGUCAUCGCCAGUAUGGAGCACUGUAACGAUUUCAUGUUCCUUGGAACGGAAGCAAUCUGCCUCGGCCGUGUUGGGGAUGAUUUUUGGUGCACGGAUCCAUCGGGUGACCCGAACGGAACCUUUUGGCUUCAAGGAUGCCACAUGGUGCACUGCGCCUACAACAGCCUGUGGAUGGGCAACUUCAUCCACCCCGACUGGGACAUGUUCCAGUCCACCCACCCCUGCGCCGCUUUCCACGCCGCCUCCAGGGCUAUCUCUGGUGGUCCAAUCUAUGUCAGUGACUCAGUCGGGAAACACAACUUUGAGCUGCUGAAACGCCUCGUCUUGCCCGAUGGUUCCAUCCUCCGUUGUGAUCACUAUGCUCUACCGACCAGAGACUGCCUCUUUGAAGACCCUCUCCAUGAUGGCAAAACCAUGCUCAAAAUCUGGAAUCUCAACAAGUAUACUGGUGUGAUCGGAGUUUUCAACUGCCAAGGAGGAGGAUGGUGCCGGGAAAGCCGCCGCAACAAAUGCGCCUCCGAGUAUUCCCAUCAGGUGACCACCAAGACCAACCCAAAAGACAUCGAAUGGAAGAGUGGCAAGAACCCGAUCUCCGUCGAAGGCGUCCAAGUAUUCGCCUUGUACUUCUCCGAGGCCAAGAAGCUGGUCCUCUCCAAGCCAACCGAUGACAUCGAAAUCGCGCUGGACCCUUUCAAUUUCGAGCUCAUAACAGUCUCCCCAGUAACAGUCCUGCCAGGAAAGUCCAUCCAGUUCGCACCCAUUGGGCUGGUGAACAUGCUGAAUUGCGGCGGCGCCGUCCAGUCGUUGGCCUAUGAUGGGUCGCAGAGUUCGGUCCGAAUCGGAGUUAGAGGAGCCGGCGAGACGAGGAUGUUCGCAUCUGAAAAACCCAAAGCUUGUAAAGUUGACGGAAACGACGUCGGUUUCGAGUACGAGGAACACAUGGUUGUUGUUCAUGUGCCAUGGUCUAGUCAGUCCGGAUUGUCCACAAUCGAUUACUUGUUCUAAGCUAGGAAUAUUUGUUGGGCUUCAGAACAAUGCCAUUUUUUCUUUUUUUUUAACGGAGGCUUGCUUCCGAUUUCAGAAGUAUGUUAAUUAUAAGUUAAUAAGUUGUAAUUAACAUAAGUAAUAAACUAAUUAUUAUUAUUCACUAUUAUAUCCUUUGUAUCAUAGAAUUUUCAAGAAAUGUUCACCUAUGUA